AUGUUUAAAAAUAUUGUAAUAUCAAAUAGAAUUUGUCAAAAAUUUUUUUCCAAUAAUGCACAAAAAUUAUCAAUAAGAUUGACAACUCCUGAUGAUAGAAAUGAUCUUAUGGAAGUAAUUAAAAAAGGGUUUCAUUAUGAUGAAAAUUUAAAUAAUAUAUUUAAAUUAAGUUAUAAAGAAAUGGAACCAAUUUAUAAUUUAAUUCUUAAGGAUAAAUUUACUAUUAAUAAUAGUCUUGUAGCAGUUAAUUCAAACAACAAAAUUAUUGGUACUAUAAUAAUCCUUCUUAAGACAAAGAAUCCAAAAUAUGAAGAAUUUAUAAGUAAAGAUAAUGACAAAAUAAUGAAUGAAUUAGUUGAAAAAAAUGAAAAAAUUAAGACUAUUUUUAGUAUUGUUGAUAAUUCAACAAAGGAAAUUUGGGAUAUGUUAUUUUCAAAAUUUGAAGCUGUAUACAAGUCACUUAUAUUGGGUGUCUUACCAGAAUAUCGAGAUCAAAAAGUUGGAAGACUUUUGAUGGGAGCAAGAGAAGAGAUGAUUUUUAAUAAGUAUCCCUGGAUUCGUGCUGAUGUUGGAAUUUGUACAACAUUAAAAUCAAAAUCAAUUUUAAAACAUUUUGGUUAUCAUGAUCUUGGUAGUGUAUCAUUAAAUAAAUAUGGAGUUAAUGGUCUUGAAGAUGGUACUACACAUGUAACAGGAAUCUACAAAAUUUUUUCUAAUCAACCAAAAGUAUAA